GCUACAAGAAGACCCUGAAACACCAGAAGACAUAUUUAAUAAACUACAACAUCUCUAUAACUCAAUACUCAAGCAACCCCUGGACACGCCGAAACUUAUGGACAGGGCACACAGAGCAUUGCCCAGGAGGCGCCGAGAGAUAUCAUCUGCAGAAUCCACUACUACACGGAGAAGGAAAAUAUUCUUAAAUCAUCCAAAGACUCUCCUGCACUACAAAAUACAGAUGGCACAAUCCAAGUCUUUCCAGACUUGUCCUGGACAAAACUCCAGGGAAGAAGACUCUUGCGCUCGAUCACCCAAACCUUACAAGACCGCAACACCAAAUAUCGAUGGGGAUACCCCUUUUCCUUCACCCUUCUACAUGACAACAAGCAACUUGUCCCGGAAUUCUUGA